CCUCUGGUGUCUGUCCUGUCUGCCCUUCCCUCCCUCCCUUCCUCCCCAUCUUGUCGAGCAGGUCGGACACUGCCCUUGUCUAUCUCUAGAAAGAGCGUCGUGCUACAGCCCACGUUGCUCUUUUUUUUGACUAGGUCCCCCGACUUCCCCCCAAGGGCUGGUCUCAACAAGCUCCUCUCCUCUCAUCCUCCAACCUCCCAACAACAACCACCUCCUCCUCCUCCUCCUCCUCCUCCUCGAGGCACGACGGCGUGACGACUUAUCUCCGAUCCCUUCCUGUCCCCCUUAGCGACUUUUAAUUCCUCUCCAGAUUUCACAAUGGCCGAGUUUACUCUGCCUUCCUUCCUGACGGAUAACGUCGCCGCCGCUACCGUCAAGGAUGCAUACGCCUCAUUCUCCGAGCGCAGGGCCGCCCUCGGCCUUCCCAACCCAGGUACCCUGGAUAACAUCGGUCGUGAGGUGCAGAAGGAUGUUCUGCUGUCCAACUUCAUGUUCACUGGGCUUCGGGCGGAUUUGACGAAGGUCUUCGGCAUGUCCCCUCUGUUCCGCGUGUCGCAUGCGUUCUCCAUGGGUUCUUCCGGGAACCUGCCUCCGUACAACUUUUCGGCGAUGUAUGGAAGUCCGAAGGUCUUUAUGCAGGGCAACCUCGGAAGCGAUGGCGGCCUUGCUGCCGUCGGCAAUUACCGUUGGACCCCGAAGUUCGUUACCAAGACCAACACCCAGAUCAUGCCCGGAGCAAGCCAGGGUCUCAUGCAGAUCGACAACGACUACACGGGCGAUGACUUUUCCGCGUCCCUCAAGGCCUUCAACCCGUCCUUCUUGGAGGGAGGUCUUACCGGAAUUUUUGUCGGUAGCUACCUUCAGUCCGUGACCCCCAGCCUGGCUCUUGGUUUCGAGGCGAUCUGGCAGCGUCAGAGCAUGGGAUCUCGCCCGGAAUCCGCCCUCUCCUACGGUGCUCGCUACAAGGCCGAUGACUGGAUUGCCAGUGCUCAGCUGCAGGCUCAGGGUGUCUUCACAGCUUCGUACUGGAAGAAGCUUUCCGAACGGGUCGAGGCCGGUGUUGACAUGAACCUCCAGUUUGCCCCCAACGCCGCUGCUGUGAUGAUGGGCGGGCCCAGCAAGGAUGGUACCACUGCCAUUGGCGCCAAGUACGAUUUCCGCGCUUCCACCUUCCGUGCCCAGGUCGACAGCACUGGAAAGGUUAGCUGCCUUCUCGAGAAGCGGAUAGCUAUGCCUAUUGCUCUUACUUUUGCCGGCGAGAUCGACCAGGCCAAGCAAACUGCCAAGCUCGGUCUUGCUGUUUCCCUCGAGAUCGCUGGCGAGGAAUUGAUGGAGCAGCAAGAGAAGGUCGAGGCCCAGGGAAUGAUUCCUCCGCCUUUCUAAAUAUGCCCUGACAUGUAGCUGGGGCUAAUGAGGCCCACGCAAAAGUGGGAGGAUGACGCUAUCACUCUGCAUCCGUCCUCGGCUUAUACCUUUUCACUAUCUGUUUUAGUAGCUCUUCUCUCCUCGUGUGUAUGUUCGGAAGAUGGUGUAUCACAUCGAUUUAUCCCCACGAAUGCGGUUUGUUGGUCCAGGGAGGCAGCCGGUUGGCGCUACGGAACCAAGUUUUGUAUAGAUCCCUAUUCGGUCCAGUCGAGAUAUCUUUGAUUUUGUCUGUGCCUUCAUCUAUGACUGUCCAUCAUCCUUUUUGUGUUCCUGUUACUCUAUUUUUUCUUUUUUCUUUCUUUGUCUUCUCUCACGACCGCUAUCUUGGCUGAUGGACAGCACUGUUAGGCAUGCAUGGAAGCAUUCUGUUCGCUGUUGCCGUUUGAACGCAUCAUAGAUGGGGCAAUGUAAAACAAGUUCCAGUACUUUUUUCAUUCCCAGAAGGGAUUGGGGCGGC